AUGGCGGGAGAUGGAAGAGUCGCAAAGCGAUCCUCAAAUGCUUGUGUGCGGUGUCGGAGACAAAAGAUCAAAUGCUCCGGAUCGCUGCCCUGCGACGGGUGCAGCAAGCGCAAGCUAUCAUGUAUCUUCAAUGACCGAGAUCAGAAGAUCCUGGUCACAAAAGGGUACAUCAUGGAGCUGCAGCAGAGGAUUGCGCUUAUAGAGCAAUCGGAAAAGGGCCAACGAAGUCCUUUCAGUUCCAACUUUGAUACACAGACCAAUGAUGCAAAGGAUCACGAAGAGGCAUCACUGGAUAGGAUCACUCCCGAGGAUCAUGAUGAGUCUCGAGACUACGAAGAUGCAGAUUCUAGCUUGACAAACCCACUUUCAAGCGGCCCUCCUGCCUUUAUGUCUGCGGCGAAUGGCCGAACAUUCUAUCUUGGAACAUCGUCAAAUUGGUCAUUUACUCGGCGCAUUCUUAGCCUGGCGCAUCAACAUGCCUAUCAGGAAGCACUGUCACCAGAAGCAUUACUGUUUGACGAAAUGACUUAUGAACUCCCAUGGGACGGGUUACGAACAACCCCAGGCCCAGAUGUUCCUAUUGUUCCUACUCGCGACCACACCAUGUAUCUGAUCAACGCUGUGAAAUUCCGCUGUGGGCAAUUGUAUCAUCUUUUUGAAGAAGGUGAUUUUAUGACCUCGCUUGAGGAAUUCUACUCAGGGGAUGGUCCCAACAUGACCAAUAGCCUAUGGUACAUCCAUUUCCUCGUGAUCUUGGCUUUUGGAAAAGGAUUUGUUCAACCCAAGGCCCAAGGUAAGAAGCCGCCUGGCGUUGGCUACUUUGUCAAAGCUUUGCAGCUUCUCCCUGAUCCCGGUGCUCUAUACCGUGAUCCUAUGGUGGCAACAGAAAUCCUCUGUUGUAUCGCGUUAUAUUCCCAGUGCAUCGAUUGCAGAACAUCGGCGCACAACUAUAUUGGUCAAGCUAUGCGAAUGGCCAUGGCACAGGGAAUGCACACUAGAAUGCCAGUCGAAGAUCUGGGUCAUGACACGGUUCAGAGAUGUGGCAAGAUCUGGUGGACAGUGUACAUUCUAGAUAGGGAAAUGACCUCUCUUAUGGGUCUACCUCAGUCUAUCAAUGAUCGCUACGUGCAAACCCAGCUUCCUACAUUCUCAGACCAAGCAGAGACCGUGUCGCUUGGUAUGCAUAUCAAAUUGUCUCAGAUUAUCGCUGAGGUCAACAGUAAAGUAUAUGCUAUUGACGGCCGCAUCAAUCGAACAUUCCUACUCAGCACUAAAGCCGCCUUAGCGAAUAUCGCCAGCCUUGCUGAUGAACUCCGCGAAGCAGUACCGUUACAUUUGGACCGAGAAGUUAGCGGUGUUUCCCGAACUUCGGCCUCUUUACACCUUCUAUAUCAUCAGUGUAUUAUCCUCGCGACCCGACCUCUAUUAUUCUGCUUCCUCAAAAUACAAUUCGAGUCACCAGAAUCCUGUCUAGCCUCCUUGAACGCAUCCCGCAAUGUUCAGAACUUGAUGCAAAUGUGUCUUGAAUCUGCUCAGCACAUCAUCAGUAUCCUCCACAGUCUACAAAUCCAGGGUCUUCUAGAAACCUUCCUUCCCUUCGACCUCGAAUCCCUUUUUGUAUCAACUGUGAUUCUUCUAUUAGGUCCGACAAUCGACCCCCGCUCACUAGACAGUCAUCCCAGCUGGCUGGAAAAGGCCUACGCAAUCUUCGACGAAAUGAUCGGAGACGGAAACCAAGUUGCCAGUUUCCGACGGACAGAGCUUCAAAGACUGGACGAGACUUUGAGUUGCAUCUCUCGGGGUCAAUCUCGACCUUUGACGGUGCCUAACUUCUUCCACCAGAAUGAUGUUCUUCCCAAUCCGCUUUCUCCGUCUUCAACAUCCAUUCCGGGAUCAAUGCCACCGCCUACUCAAUACAAUGCUCUUCUCAGGCAGGAUCCUGUGUUGGAUGGAGAGUGUGAUUUCGGGACGAUGUUAACUUCGGCUGAAAUCAUGGCUGUUGCAGAUUCUAUUGAAUCGUUUGAUACCGAGUGGGUGUCGAAUGCCAUGGUUGAGCAUAGUAUUUGGUAG